AUGAGCCCCUUCCACACACCUCUUGACCAGUCCCGGCCUCUUCGCCGUUACGACGCCGAAGAUACCGAUGUAGAGAACGAAGCUCUGCUUGGGACCUCUCCGAUAAUGCGAACCACCAGUGCGACCUCUCAUUCCCUUGCUGGUUCCUACCGACGACCGAGCUUCUUCACCAUGGGCGGCAGGGGGACCGUGGUCCCGCACGCAAUCGACCACGAUCGACUCACACAGCAAGAAUGGGAAGAGGCGGUUGAUGAAGAGCGUGAUUUGCUCAUCGACAAUCACGUCCUCUCCACGGACGCUACCCCGAAAAAACACCGAAGCCUGAAUGGUCUAUUCAGCCAGACCCUUCGGCAGUCGCAUGGUGAACCGCCGGAAGCGAGCCUGCCACACCCCACUGCCCUGCCCGUUGCGGCCGGAACAAGCGAGACAACAGCCUUGCUUGGUCCUCCAUUACAGGGUGUCAAGACCAGCACCAGUAUCGAUGCAAUCGAUAAGACUUGGGAGGAUGCCGUAGCCGCCGGCCUAAUCCACACGACAUGGCAGCGAGAAGCAAAGGUCCUGGCAAAAUACACAGCUCCGUUGAUGGUCACCUUUCUUCUACAGUACUCUCUUACUGUCGCCAGCAUUUUCACUGUCGGCCACCUGGGGAAAGUAGAGCUUGGUGCCGUUAGCCUAGCUAGCAUGACUGCCAAUAUCACCGGCUAUGCGAUAUACCAAGGUCUUGCAACGAGCUUGGACACUCUUUGCUCACAGGCAUACGGCUCAGGCCGGAAGGAUUUGGUAGGCUUGCAGAUGCAAAGAAUGGUGGUCUUUCUCUGGGUCAUUACCAUUCCAAUUGGCUUUGUCUGGUUUUUUGCGGAAAGUAUCCUGAAGAUGAUUGUGCCGGAGAAAGAGGUUGCAGUCCUCGCCGGUCAAUACCUGAAGGUAGUAUUGCUGGGUGCUCCGGGUUACGCCUGUUUUGAAGCCGGGAAACGGUUUGUGCAAGCCCAGGGUCUCUUCUCAGCUUCACUCUUUGUGCUACUCAUAUGCGCGCCUCUUAAUGCUUUCUUGAAUUGGCUUUUUGUUUGGCAUUUUCAAAUGGGCUUUGUUGGCGCCCCUUUGGCCGUGGCUAUUACCGACAACCUUCUUCCUCUGCUCCUUUUCCUCUAUGUGUGCUUCAUUGGGGGCCGUGAGUGUUGGAAUGGCUUGACCAGAAGUGCUUUUUCGAACUGGGGCCCUAUGAUACGUCUCGCGCUCCCAGGCUUUCUCAUGGUUGAGGCGGAAGUCCUUGCAUUUGAGCUACUUACUCUCGCGUCUUCCUAUUUCGGAACCACGGCGCUCGCUGCCCAGUCUGUUCUUGCGACCAUCUCCAGUAUUGCCUUCCAGGUCCCGUUCCCGCUAUCUAUCGCCGGCAGUACCCGUAUUGCGAAUUUGAUUGGUGCGACCUUGACUGACGCUGCGCGUACUACAGCCGCUGUCAAUAUGGCUGGCGCCGUUAUUCUGGGUAUAGCUAAUAUUACCAUACUCUCCUCUCUGCGAAAUUAUAUUCCAUUCCUCUUCACUUCUGAUAGCGAAGUCGCAGGCCUUGUGGCCCAGGUCCUCCCGCUUUGCGCAUCAUUCCAACUUGUCGAUGCACUCGCAACGAAUUGCAAUGGUAUUCUCCGUGGCCUUGGCAGACAAUCCAUCGGUGGUUACGUUCAGCUAUUCUGUUACUAUGGUGUUGCGCUUCCAAUUAGUUUUGCAACGGCCUUCGGACUCCACUGGGAACUUUGGGGCCUUUGGGGUGGUGUUGCAGUGGGCUUAUUGCUUGUGUCGUUGAUCGAAGGCGUUUACCUGACCAGAGUGGAUUGGGAACGGUCUGUCGAUGACGCGAGGAAGCGAAAUGCCAUGACCUAA